AUGGAAGGUCUUUCUAGUGCAUCAGCUGCCAUCGCCGUCAUAUCAUUUGCUGUUCAGUUAGCCGAAAGUGUCAAGAAACUAGUUGAAUUCUGGAAGGCUGUCGAAGAUGCCCCAGGGGAGAUUAGUGAACUCUUUUCUGAACUGGAACUCCUGUCAGCUGUUCUAGUUAGAAACCAGAGAAAUUUUGCUCGACAUAGCCCCUAUGAUUUGAUUGCCGAGCGAAUCUUCAGCAAAUGUCAAAAAAGGAUUGAAAACCUUCAUUCGACACUAUCUCCUACCAUGGUCGCAUUUACAUCAUCUUCUUUUCGCAAAAGGAAAUGGGUCGCACUCAAGGUUACUCUGAAAAACGAUGAAAUCAAGAAGAUGCGUACUUCAGUAAGAGAAUCUUUGGUGGCUCUACAGAUGAUUCAGCAAGAUGCAAUUUCGAACAUGGUACAAAUGGCUCUGAGACACCAAGAAGAAACCUCGAAAGGCAUAAGCGCAAUCCAGGAGUGCGUUGUACAAUAUUCCCAAGAUCUCAGACCUAUGGAUAAGGCUACAGCACUACUUCCAUCGUAUGACUCAGGCAUGUUCUUGGAGGGAGGGAACACCAUAGAACUAAGCCCGACAAGUUCACAUCAAGAUAAGAAGAUUAAUGAGUAUCCUUGGUCGACUAAUAUAGUGAUCGACACAAAUCAUAAAGUCGUCUUACAAAAAGAUCCAUCUGCACUUUUGGAAACAGCUACGAUCUCAGCCAGUGAUUUCAAGCGACAGAUCACUGCCCAUACAUCGUCGAGAACUACAUCGUGGGAGACCGAAUGUCAAACACCUAUCUUCUCAUUUCGGGUCAGUUCGGCAUCGAGCAAGGUUACAAGAACCCAUGGAUUGGGUUCCCAAGAAGCCGUGAAUACGAGAAUUGGUGUAGUAUUUUACCCAGCGAAAUGGCUAUAUCGUCUUGGCGUGAGUUUUGGGAUUCGUAUGUCGGCAAGCGUUGAUAACGGCUGGAUGUUCACAUUCUCAUCAUUCGGUGCCGUUCCAGAAGAUGCCUUGAUUUUUGAUCUUUGUCGACAAGGCAAUGUUGCUGGUAUCAACAUUCUCUUGAAUCGUGGCGAUGCUUCUCUGGAAUGCGAAAAUCCACAGGGUAGAACGCCAUUGUGGACUGCCGCCUACCAUGGCCAAGUGGAUGUCAUGAGAUUUCUAAUCGCUGCCGGAGCCAAAAAUACAACCAAAAGUACAAGUACAAAUGGAAUGGACGAGAUUUGGAGGAGCACUGCUGUGCUUGAUGCUCGGUCAAAAGUUGCUAUAACCGAGACUUUGCAGGUUUACGAAAAGGAUAAGAAUCAUAAAUAUGGUACUAUCGGUCGAUUAGCCAUUUUCUAUCGCCCAACUAAACAAAUCGACAUGCCUCAAGAAGAGAUAUCAAAGAACAUGAUAUGUGUGUUCAAAGCAUUAGCUCCAUCUCUACGCACCGGUACUUUUGCUCAAAUCGGAUAUCUCCGGAAUAUGAUAUCAGAUGGCCAUCAUGGAAGCCUGAUUCAUUGGUUGAUAAGCAAAAUCGAAGGAAAUUUGGAGAUGUACGAAGACAGCAUCACAUCUUAUUCAUUACUACACAUUUUAGUUGGUGCCCGAUUUCUCCAUCGGGAUCCACUUUCUGUGAAAAUGAUUAUGGAAAAAACAACAGACUUACAUAUUUGCCACGGUUAUGGGGCUUGGGGUCGAUAUCAGCCACAUACCCCCACAACUCUUGCCAUGUACGACUUAGACUUGUUCAUUCCAUGGCGGCGGCUUCUUCAAGAAUCUAAACAAGACAUGGAUACAUUCAUCGAGCGGGAGAUCGAUGCGAAACAUUUGAGCUCCAUGGGUUGGACCAAAGCAACGCUGGAAGUCUUGUUCAAGCACCAGUUCAAUACACCUAGCUAUAAGGGAAGGAGAGCCUUUAAUGGGUUUCCUGAAUGUAACAGAUGCAAGCACCUCAAUAUCAGCGUCGGGAUGUUUCGCCUCAAGAUAGAUUUGGAGUUCAGAAGACAGCUUCGAGAGAUCAGAACUGGUCGUGUUCAGAUAAGCCCUUACUCGCAUGUAACAGGGUCUCAAUUACCCUAUCGCUUUGUAUGUUCUGAUGCAUGCAUUGAUGGCAUAUCUAUUCACGAUGUAUUCGAAAACGAUUCAGAGGAUUUACCAUCAUUUCCGCCAUACGUCUCCAAGGAGGAAAAGAAACGCACUGAACAAUUGCGCUUAGAAGAGAAGGAAGCAACUUGUCCGACUUAUACGAUGCCUGGGGCGUUCUAA